AUGUGGAUAUUUUCUUGUUUUUGUGCCAUUUUAAUUAUUUUGGCUAUUUCUGGUAUUGACACAAUAGCAAAGACCACACCAUAUACCAAAUUUACAAAGAAAUCUGAGGGAAAAGAAAUACCAAAGGGUCUGAAGCCAGCCAGUGGCCCAUCUCCGGAAGAAGAGACUCCCUUCACAGAAAUGGCUGAACCAACCACUGACUCUUUGGCCCUGGAUCCUGCCUUGGGUGCUGCCACUCUCUUUCCCUUUGAAAACUUCACUCUUGACACGGCUGACUUCCUCCUGAAUUGCUGUGAUUGUUGUUCACCUGUCGCAGGGCAGAAGGGAGAACCUGGAGAGAUGGGAAAGCCAGGUCCCAAAGGAGAGGCUGGUGAUGUCGGGAUACAAGGGCCACCAGGAGUCGUUGGGUCCCAGGGCUCAAAGGGCCAGAAAGGAGAGAAGGGACUUAAAGGAGAACGUGGGGACCAAGGAACAAGUGGAGCUCCCGGAUAUCCAGGAAAACCUGGAGAACAAGGUGCACUCGGUCCUAAGGGGGAUAAAGGCAAUGUUGGCCUGGCAGGAGUGAAAGGCCAAAAGGGCUCAAAAGGGGAUCCAUGUGGGAACGGCGGGAACGGCACCAAAGGCGACAAAGGAAACCCUGGCACUGUGGGCUCUCCCGGUUCGGACGGAAGGCCUGGGGCCAAGGGAGACAAGGGGGAGAUGGGGGAAAAGGGCCACUUCGGAGAUGCUGGGGAGCCGGGAGGAAAGGGACAAAAGGGCGAGGAGGGGAUGAAAGGAGACACAGGUCUCAAGGGAGACCCUGGGAUAGAGGGCAGAAGCGGCCUAGAUGGCCGGCCUGGGGCCAAAGGCUAUCCAGGGGUUAAAGGAGAAAAGGGAGAGUUAGGGUCUCCUGGUCUUAUGGGACCUGCUGGGCCAAAGGGUGACGUUGGUAGCAAAGGGACCCGUGGCCCCAUUGGGAAGAAGGGCUCUCGCGGCUUUAAGGGCUCCAAGGGGGAGAUGACCAGAAUCCCGCAGUCAGCAUUCAGUGCUGCUUUAUCAAGGCCUUUCCCUCCUCCCAACGUCCCUGUCAAGUUCGACAAGGUCCUCUAUAAUGCCCAAGGGCACUACAGCCCUGUCACUGGGAAAUUUAACUGCAGUAUUCCUGGCACAUACGUGUUUUCCUACCAUGUCACUGUGCGGGGCCGACCUGCAGGAAUCUGCCUGAUGGCAGGAAACAAGAGGCAGUUCAAGUCCAGAGAGACUUUGUAUGGUCAGGAUAUAGACCAAGCCUCUCUCCUCAUUGUCCUGAAAUUAGGUGCAGGAGACCAAGUGUGGCUGGAAGUGUCCAAGGGUUGGAAUGGAGUGUAUGUCAGUGCUGACGAUGACAGCAUUUUUACUGGGUUCCUUUUGUACCCAGAAGAAACUCUUGGCAUUCCACCAUACCUUUGA